CUGGCGAGUGGUGGUGAUCCGUGUACGCGUUCUCACGCCACCGCCAACGACGAAUCCAAGCGCAAACGCGCACACACGUACAGGUGUCGUCGUCUAUAUCGCUGGCGACGCGCACAAGCAAACGCCGUGCACCGCUAUCGAGUCCGAAGUUCGCGUCCGACACCCUGUCGACCAGAGCCGCCUUCACGAUUUCGGAGAGGUUUUUAAAAUAUUGUGCUUGACAGAUUUAUCAAGUUUAUACUUCAUUAGAAUUAUGUGAUAUAUACAAUAACAAACAAAAUGAGCUUCUUUUCGUCCCUUCAUCAAAUAGUCACCAGUAGUGUGGCAAACUUGAAUUUGAGUCCAAAGCGAUUUUCGUUAUCCAAAGAAUCGGGACCAGAUGGAGAUGAUGCAGCUACAGCUGUGGUGGCUGCAUCUACGGCCACAUCCAGUCGUUCAGCAAGUACGGGCAGCGUUAGUGGUAUACCUCGAAUCGUGACUCCUCAAGGUAGUGGUGGCAGUUGUGCCAGGUCAUCGGGGCCCAGACGGACUGGGUCGUUUAGACAAAUUUCUCAGCCCAGGAAUCCGAUGGCUUUCUGCAGGCGUAGAAACUCGUGGCCUGAAAUCGACCAAACCGCAUCAUCGGGUGUACAUGACACGGAUGGUUCGUUUUUCGAGAAGUACAGUAGUUUACAAUGGAAAUUGGACCAGAGACGGUUGCAAAUGAUCAAAGACAGUCGGCAAGAUGAGUGCCCUCCGCCUGAACACAGCGUUGGAGUGAUACCACCACCCGUGUCCAGCAUACAACCUAAAGAGAUGGAAAACUUGUACAUGGAUGUUUUAUAUACGAUAAAGUACAAAGUUGGCGCUGAUACAGAACUGAGUGCACAUCGAGAUCAAUUAUACGUUUACGCACAAAAAGCAUUCGAUGUCACACCCGAGCAGCACAGACGUUACAUGGCCAUCGUGCACGAAGAAAAACCUCCCAUAGUGGUGCUUCAUGUGACGGUGGUUGAAGCUGAAGGCCUGGAGGCCAAAGAUGCUAAUGGUUAUAGCGAUCCGUAUUGUCUACUGGGACUGAUGAGGAGAACAGACGAAACCGCCACCCGGCUGGCCGAGGGGUCGGCUGAAGAAUGUUCCACCGUACUAUCGCCGGUCGCUCUCAUGGCUGGCAUUAUCGGAUUCAGCGACCCGUACUGCAUGCUUGGCAUCCAGCCGGGCAUGGUGUCCCCGCAACCCGGAUCGGGCCUGCCGCCGUCGCCGGCCAACAGCCCGUCGCCGUACCAGCCACCGCUGUCGCCGCGGCCCGCGCACGCCACCGCCCGCACGCUGUCCGAGGGCGGAAUCGAAUUGCCAGACGGCCGGCACGACCAUCACGACAAGCUCCGCAAACACCACAGUUUUCGGUUGAGUUUCAAGAGGAAAGAAAGAGGUGGUGGUUCCGGAGGUAGUGCUUAUGGUUGUCGAGAACAUCGGGAUAGCAUAUCGGCUGUUCCCGCACGGUUCAUCCAAGCAACCAGCGUACGCAGAGAGACACUCAAUCCAAAAUGGGGUGAAAAUUUCAUGUUUGACAUCGAUGACGUAACCAGUGAUAUCUUACACUUGGACAUAUGGGACCAUGACGACGAGUCUUCAGUGUUAGAUGCUGUCAGCAAAUUGAACGAAGUGAGAGGCGUCAAGGGCUUAGGGAGGUUUUUCAAACAAAUCGCUCAGAGCGCUAGAUCUGGUAGCCAGGACGAUUUCUUGGGAUGCAUAAAUAUACCAAUUCAAGACGUGCCUUCUACGGGUCUAGAUAAAUGGUAUCAGCUAGAAGCCCGUUCGCAGCGAUCUAACAUCCAAGGUAAUAUACGGCUAAAGCUUUGGUUGUCCACACGUGAGGAUCACGGCCAAGCUAGCACGCAAAAUCAUUUCGACAACUGGACCGACGUACGUCGUAACGAAAGACUGUUGACCAUAUUUGCCGAUUACGAAAUGUCACUGACAAAGUCCAGCCUGUGGAACGGUGAACUAUGUCACGAGGCGACAAGCAUACUUCAUCAGCACGCCGUACAGAGCGGAGUCUCCGAACUUCAAUUGGCCGUGAUAAGGUGGUUGGCCUUCAGCCACAUACCGUCUAUAGACCCACAGUUUCUCUUGAAGCAAUUAUCGCAAUUAGAAGCUGCUUGGGGAGAACAAACAUUAACUGUCGAAGAGGAGGACUGGUUAGCCGACUCUUUCAACGUUUUCUUAGACUAUUCCAUGCAACUGAUUCGAAAAUAUCGCAAGCUUUUUCCGCCAUACCAUCAUACAUCGAUGAACCGUUUGGAGUACAUUCUCAGGUGUUUGAGCCGACUGUCACUAUCAAAAGCUUACGGUAAAUGUUGUCCUUUCAAUAAGGAUAUCCGCGGUGAAAUAGGCAACGCGCUCAGAGUUGGUACGAACGAGUGGUACGAAGAAAAUAGAAAAUUCAUGGCAACUGGACAGCACGAUCCAGAAACCCGACUCAAAGGAUUCGUGAGACUGGUUACUUCCGUGUUGAUUGAUCUACAAAAAGGCGUGGAACACUACAAUGUUUUAUUUGAAAAUAUAAACGGUGUGUUUUAUUACGCGGCGAUCUACAAACAACACGAAAAAUUAUUGGCAAAGGGAUUUUCAAAUCAUUUGGACAUAAUCAUAGAGUUGUCCAAUGAUCUGAGCCAAGAAAUAGCUCCCAUUUGCAAAAAAGUAAAAGGAGCCGAUUUUGGUAUGGACACUCCACUGUCUCCGACAAACUCCGAAACCGGAGAAUCACUGUUCGAGCUGUAUUUAGCCGUUCAAGAGUUUAUCAGGUACCGCGAGCAUCUCAAUGCGUCCGAUUACCAAGGCCUAUCAGCACAAUGCUAUUACCAUUGGUUCGAACCAGCUUUGGAAAAGUGGUUAGACCUGGCCAAAUUGAAAAUCGUCCAACGUGCGAAAAAAGCACUAGAGUUGAGUAUGCUCUGUCAAGGUGAAAUGAUCGUAAAACACUCGACGUCCAGUAACGACGUGGUAACAGCGCUGUGCCACAUGAAAGAAUUCUGGAAACACCUCGCUUGGCCAGACCUGAUUCAAUCGUACAAUUUCGUGUUGAAAUUACUAGACGCCAUGUGCGAAGCGGUCUUGUUUUACGCACAACUGGUCCACCAAAGGCUAAAAGAUUCUGGCUUUUACGACGACGUUUCUGCGUUCAAAACGUCCGACGAAGUGUGCGCAGCGCUUAAUGAUUUGGAAUACGUGUGGCGGACCAUCGCUACUAUGCCGGACGAUCUGCACUUGGAAACCGUCGUGUCCGCGGUCGAAGCAACCGGCGAAGCCACCGCAGAUCAGUGUAGAGCCGACGUUACCUCUCUACUCGAUCCCGUGUUCAACCAAUACGAUACGUAUUCAAUGCUAAUUGUCAGCCGAAUCGCAGUGAGAAUGCAAGCGCCUUUGAAGAAAUGUAUUUUCCACUUGGCGUGGUCACCUGACACCCUGCCAACAACCGAUGCCAUCGUCCCACUUCAGGAGUACCUGGAUAGUCAUCUUAUCUCGCUCAACAUGAACCUCAUACCGAAAAACUUCCACAAAGUGUUGAAUGGCGUGUGGGAAGUGACUGUCUACGAACUGGGCCACCAGAUGGACGGCGGAAGUGGUGACACGAAAAUGUCCGGUUUCUACGAACGACUGUACGAAGCCUUGGAACUGCUCGUGGAGUUCUUUCACGCCGAGGGCAAUGGGCUUCAGCCGGAAAUUUUGACUGGAAACGUCUACAGGGCAGUGAAGCAGAGGCUAAAGCUACACAAAACCGACACGGAUACGUUGAUCGAACUAUACUACGAAGACCGGUUGAUGGAACAGCAGCGAGUGAAGGAAGCAAACUACGGCGUGCUGUCAGUGCGAGCGUACUACCAUCACGAUUCUCUGUGUGUAGAGGUGUUGAAGGCCCGUGACGUCAUACCACUAGACCCGAACGGUUUCAGCGACCCGUUUGUCAUCGUCGAGCUUUUACCCAAGUCCAUGUUCCCGUACAGCGCGGAACAGUACACCGAUGUGAAGAAGAAAACACUGAAUCCAUUGUUUGACGAGUGUUUCGAAUUUGCCGUGUCGAUGGAUCAGUGCCGUCACGAGUCCGCUAUGAUCCUGUUCACUGUCAUGGACCACGACGUGAUAACGUCCAACGAUUUCGCCGGGGAGUCAUUUCUGUCGCUCAACUCCAUACCGGGCGUUCUUGCCCCGCUACCACACGAUAUCAACGCGAUCGACAGAGUUGAUCUGAUACUCAUGCACCAACAGAACAAAGGUCAUCCGAUACUUCACACCUUGGACGCCAGGCACGAAGAUAAGGUGGCACAGGACUUUGUGAAAAAGCAGAGGGUCCGAACCACUAACUCAUGAGGCCCGCAGUGUAUUACCGUGACGGCGCUUACAGGGUGUUAUUGCGUCUCAGGCCCCGACGAAUCGCCCGGGCCUUAAUCGUCAUCGUCAUCAUCGACGCGCGCCACGUCUUCUGUUGCACUGUUAUCGAAAUCCGACGAAAACAUAACACUAUUUUUUAAACAUUAUAAAUUAAUAUAUAAUUACUUACGACUAGUACCUACAACGAAUGUGACGGUAAAAAAAAUGUUCUAAAAAAAAAAAAAAAUUUCACGAAUUUAUUGUAAAUUUCGUUCGCGAGCCUCAUCAUGAUAAUAUCAUAAUAUUGUACAUUACGAUUUUAUUGUUGUAUAAAAAUAAUAGUGUGCGGUUAAAACUAAGUGACAAUAUUAUAAUCUACACACGGGUUUCGACGUCAAACCCGAAUCCUUCACUUGCAGUCGCUGAUCUUCGAACAUUUAUUUGUUUACCUACUAAACUAUAUAACUAUUAUAAUAUACAGCCGCAGUUUAGAAUCUCCAAAACUCGGGAUUUCUUUAACUUUCGGGAAAAACACUUAGGAAUCUCAAAUAAUAUAUUUUCAAAUCGAGACAAAAAAUAGAUGGUUCUAUACGUAACGUAUGCUAUAAUAAUAAUCAUACGAUUGUACCUAUUGAUUAAUUCAAACGUCGAACACGAUCCGAAUAAUCCACAUACAUUAUAUAAUAAAUAGUAUCAAUAUUAUUAUAUUUUAGUUUACACGUUUAACUUUUUAACUAGAAUUAAAAGACAAUCUAUAAUGGUUUUUUAUCGUGUCUUGUACACGAUGAUUACAAGACCAUCAUAAUAUUAUUUUGAAUAUACUAUUAUAAUAAACUUAUGUAAUAAUUAACUAUCUAUCGGCUAU